UUGUUUCUGUGAGGACAGAUUUAAACGUUACACAGUAAUAAGGAAUUGUUCGCAGAAGUCAAAGUUUGCUUCUAAAAAGUUUUCUUGAAGUCCAAGUUCUGACUGCGCAGCUUCCAGAGUUUAGUUUAUUAAGAAAAUACCGUCGAUAGCGCUGAAGUUGUCCUUUAUUUCUUGUCAAGCCUCGAGCUUUUCGCUAAAAUGGCAUUAAGGCAGUGUUUGUCUCUAAAGAGACACGUUAAAUAUCGGACCUUCGGGCUGCCAGUGGCCACAGCUUUGCUUCAAAAGAAACGGUUCAGCUGUUCAGAAGGAGGCACGGAGACGGCUGCAGGUCAGACUGUGGUCUCAGAUCGGAGGGGAUCCGUGGUCACUGUGGCGAUAAACCGUCCCGAGGCUCGCAAUGCGGUGAACCAGGAGACAGCCCGGAGUCUGCUGAAGGAGCUGAAGGCCUUUGACACCGACCCGGAUCUCAGUGUUGCUGUGCUGCAUGGGAAGGGAGGGAAUUUCUGCGCUGGUUAUGAUCUGAAGGAGCUGGCCAAUCACGCCGCCCCCCCCAAAUUAGAGCAAGAUGUCACCAAAGGUCCUGGUCCAAUGGGUCCGUCCCGCUUGCAGCUGUCGAAGCCUCUGAUAGCCGCGGUGAGCGGGUUCGCCGUGGCGGGGGGGCUGGAGCUGGCCCUGCUGGCGGACCUCCGGGUGGUGGAGGAGAGCGCCGUCAUGGGAGUGUUCUGCCGCCGGUUCGGUGUUCCCCUGAUUGACGGAGGCACAGUGCGUCUCCCGCGUCUCAUUGGACUGUCGAGAGCCCUCGAUCUGAUCCUGACCGGCCGUCCAAUCGGAGCGCAGGAGGCUCUGGCGUACGGACUGGCCAAUAGAGUUGUUCCUGAUGGCCAAGCCUUGCAGGUUGCUCUGGAGCUGGCAGAGCAGAUCAGCUCCUUCCCUCAGCAGUGUCUGCGUGCCGACCGCUCCUCAGCUCUGUACAGCUGCUACGACGCUCCGUCUUUCACGCAGGCCAUGCAGUAUGAAGUCGACCUCGGGCUGACUGUGAUUCAGGCAGAAUCCGUUCCCGGAGCGAAGAAAUUCACUGCCGGAGUUGGAAGAGGAGGGAAAUUCUGAUAGAAACAGUCCAGCAGAGGCCUGUUGAAAUGUGCUUUCAGGUGAUCAAACACCUCUCGCUGCAGUGCUGUGUAAGCUGUGAUCGAGUUAGAAGAGGAUGACUGAAAUAUCGACUGAAAUGUUUUAGAAAGAGAAGACAAAACUGUGAAGUUUAGCAGUUUUAUCAUUUCAUGAAGUGAUUCAUACUAAUCAUUUAUGAAGACCUGUCCUGUAUUUCCCAGCUGGUUUUUAACCUGUUGAUGAACCCAAACUGUGAUUUUUGUUUUUGUUUAAUCGUUCAAUGAUUUCGAAGUGAACAGAAAUGUGUUGCGGGAAUGAUCUGCAUCCACCAGCAGUGUGAAUUGUUGAUUUCUCUUUUCUUGCUGAGGAAUGCAGAUUUGUUGUAAACUUCUCCGACGCCUCCGACUGAAACGACAUGAAAAGCGGCCGACCCGCAGGAGCUCGCCAUUGUUCCUUUGACUCGGGGUCGAAGAACACUCGGCAACUGGGAUAAGGCGUCUGCUUUCGCAUCCACGAGCAUGCACGUGCAUGCGUGACUUAGUAACCAUGGCGAUGUAAUUAUUGCAGCGAUUCCAGCUCCUCUUGUCAGAUCUGCAGCAGAUGGAAGCAUUCCUCCAGCCCCGAGUGCGCCGCCCUUUAAUUUUACCUGUUCAAGAGAAGCAUGUGUUGUUAAAAAAACAAACCAGAACCGUAACGCCGUCUCAAUGCAGUAUUUCUGGUAAACUUUUGGAUAAAGACAUGUCUCACAAGACGAGCAAGAUAGAGCCGGGGAUGUGUGUGUGUGUGUUUGAGUGUGUGUAACGCAGAUACAGACAGACAAAGACCUCAUUAGGUCUAGGAGGUGUCCUGUCUAGACAGUGUGAUGACAGGACGCAGAGCUUCUGUUUAAUGUUUCCUCCUCCCUCUGCUUCCAAUUCAUCCAGCGCACACACAGAUCACCUGCUCUGCCUCGGGGAGUACGCACACACACACACACUCACACACACAUGCAUGCACGCACACGCACAGCAGCACUACUGGGCAACGUCAAGCAAAAUGCCAAGUAAAUAUAGCGGUAUUUAAGUGCUUUUUAAAUCAUCGUAAGCCCGCGCUGCGUAUUUAUCACGGGAUUUGUUGUGAUAGCGCUGGGAAGCACCAAGACGGAGCUGCAAAUCAUCGGCGGCCAUCCGGGUAGUGUUUGUUUAAUCUGACACAUGCCCACGAUUAAUGGCCCAUGAAGUGUUUAAAACAUGGAUUCCACGCUGUUUGUUACCCCGAGCUGACUCAUAUGAGGCGGUAAAAAUGACCCAUUUCCUUCCAUCGUUUUAUCCAGAAAAUCUCCGUUUCCCCCUUUUUUCUGUGCCAAGGAAGCAUCUCAAAAAGGAUCAACCAUUCAUUAAAAAAAACCUUAAAGAAUCGUUAUAUUCUUUGCUCGGGCUCUGCUGAAACACUAAAACGUGGGCUAUAAAUCAGGAAUAAGCUGCUGUUUGAAUAAAAUGGGAAUCUUGAUCCAAGAAAAGCUGAUAAAUGCAUCCAUGACAUAGCGUCUGGCCCGGCAGGUGAUGUUAUUUUAUAGCUGGAUCUGUCACUUCACUCCUUCACACACAUUUACUUAUUAGCAGAAUCUGAGUUCAAAUAUUCGAAGUCAUUAUACGUUCCCCCCCCCCCCCCCCCCAUGUAGCUCUGCCAUUCACAAUAGUAGACAAAAAAUUAGAGUAUAAAAAAGACUUGUAUAU